CGCUGGUACCAUGAUCCGGAACGAUUCGCCAAGUCCUUCGUGACAGCGCCAGAUUGUUACUUCUUCGGAUCCUUCUGGUUGACGAUCGCGACAAUUAUCAUCGACAUCGAAGGCUAUGGAGUACCGCACGCAGGACCCUGGUUGGUGACGGUCGUGAGGGUGUUAUUCUGGCUGUAUGCCGCUGUCACGAUAUUGAACACGACGGUGCAUCUCAGUCUGGUGUUCCGCGCGCAGACGAUGAAGGCGAACGACUUCAAGGUCCCGGCAUUUCUGCAGGUUUUGAAUGCGAUGCUGACGGGUACGGUGGCAGCGACGAUUGUGCAUAGUCAGCCCGUCGAACAUCGCCUCCCCAUAAUGGUCGCAGGCGUAGCAUACCAAGGCCUAGGCUGGAUCGUCUGCACGUUCUUCCUCACCAUGCUCAUAGCUUCGCUCUUCGAGAACGGCUGGCCGCCGCUCAAUCUCCGUCCUGGACUUUUCAUCAUGACCGGAACCAGCGGCUUCACAAUCGUUGCGCUUAUUGGAAUUGCUCGCGCGGGACCGACUACGCCGUACGGAUACUUCAACACGCAUCCCAUGGCGGGAGAGGUAUUGUUGAUCUUGGCGACGUGGACGGGUGUAUUCAUGUGGGUUUUCACCGCGUGGGUGUUCCUGGUGGCAGUAUUCGUGAAUUUGAUGGAGCUGUUUGAGAGAAAGGACGGGAAGUGGAGGCUGACGAUGGAUUUCACGAAUGUCGCGUGGUCUUACAUCUUCCCAAAUGUGGGAUUUACUCUGUCGACGGUCUAUCUUGGACAAGAGUUCGAGAGC